GCGGCGUGAAAUAGAAGGCCUCUAACGUCAUCUCAUACACGUCACGAUUUUCUAAGCCGAGUCUAAUGCGGUGACAAUUUAGCUGUAGGAUAAUUGAGCGCAAGCGCACGCUCAUUUUAAUCGUUAGACCCGCGUAUGUGGUAUAAAAUAACUUUCGGCUGACACUUUCACUAGUUCAUUUUAAGAAGAGACAAGUUAUUGUGCACAGCUACUAGUAUAUAUUAAGUGGCGCGCUGUACGCUUAAAAAGGAAGGAAUUAAAGGGAGCGCCAAUACCACCGUGAAGUUAUUAUUCAUAGUGGAUGACAAGCUGGAUUGUAUAUAUAUAUAUUCGUAUGUCCGGGCCAAAAGUUUAAUGACACCUUUCCUGUGAAUUGGGAUUGCAAAAAUAAGCAAUUUCCGUAAGGCCAAUUUUUUUUAUACGGAGUCAUCCAGGGCGAAAAUUAUUAGUUCAUAAACUAUAAUCAUUAUCAUAUAUCAUAUAAUAUUCGUUCCACGUAUGUAAAGAAGAUCUCUGUUAACUAUUAGAGGAGCGGAGUAUCAAUCGAGAAGUUUCCCAAACUGGAGAGCAUUUCUUUGGAAAAAUAAGAAUGUCGCUUCACCAUUUUGCUGUUCUGUCGUUAAUGGCACUAAUACGGGUACCUGCAGCACAAGCCUCGGUCAUUGUUGACAGCCGGUGGACUGAUGACCAAGGGGCAGCUUUGCAAGCUCGACUUUCAGUACCAGUGGUCAACACUUGCAAUGGAUGGACAAUCACUCUCACAUUUAAUGAUGAUAUUUCGCAUAUAGAGAAUUCUUGGAACGCCAAUUUUGUUCCUAGUUCAACAUCCAGCAGGGUUUAUAAACUGUCAAAUUUAAGCUGGAAUGGCAAUCUAAGUCCUGGUAGUACCCUCUCUGGUAUAGGAUUCGUAGUGAGGUACAGCCCGCAGUCCCAAGUAGAGCCAAUCACUGCAGUGUUUGAUCCUCCGUGUGGGAGUGGCACCGUGGAGACAACCACGCCCACUCCGACGACCACGCCCACUCCAACGACCACGCCUACUCCGACGACCACGCCCGCUGGAACUACGCCUACUGAGCCCAGCACAACUGCUCCCCCGACCCCACCACCUCCAACAACACCAUCAACUGUUUGUACCACCCAAAGCCCAAGCACAACCCCAGCUAGUGAAAGCACAACCGCACCUCCCACACCUCCCGCCCCAACCACGCCCUCAACUGUUUGUACCACCCAAAGCCCAAGCACAACUCCAGUUACUGAAAGCACCACCGCCCCUCCCACACCUCCCGCCCCAACCACGCCCUCAACAGUGUGUACCACACAAAGCCCAAGCACAACACCAGCUACCGAAAGCACUACCGCCCCUCCCACACCUCCCGCCCCAACCACGCCCUCAACAGUGUGUACCACCCAAAGCCCGAGCACAACACCAGCUAGUGAAAGUACCACCGCCCCUCCCACACCUCCCGCCCCAACCACGCCCUCAACAGUGUGUACAACAGUGACGCCUUCGACCACGCCCACUCCGGUCUCAUCUACAGCAUCGUCUGAGACAACACCGCAAAGCACUUCAAAAUACAACUUGGAUGAAGUUUUGGAGAAGUCCAUCUUGUUUUACGAGGCACAGCGUUCAGGAGUUCUCCCAGCGGAAAACAGAAUACCGUGGAGAAGAUCGUCUCAUCUUAAUGAUCUGGGAAAUAAUGGCGAGGAUUUGACAGGAGGCUGGUAUGACGCUGGCGACACCGUCAAAUUCGGUUUCCCAAUGGCCUGGAGCACAACAGUUCUUACCUGGGGUCUUCUAGAUUACCCGGACGCCUACCACGCCACUGGUCAGUAUGAGUACAUGCUGGACUGCAUCCGUUGGCCAUUGGAGUACUUCUUGAAGGCACACACUGCUGAUAAUGAGCUUUACGUACAGGUUGGACAUGGUGAGACGGACCACGAUCUUUGGACAAGGCCCAGUGACGGGACUGAGAAUCGACCAGCUUACAAGAUUGAUUCAUCUAAUCCUGGUACGGACGCCGCGGCGGAGACUGCCUCUGCGUUGGCCGCCGGGUAUCUGGCCUUCAAGGACGAAGAUAUCACCUUUGCCAACCGCCUCUUAACCAGUGCUCGCAAGCUGUACACCUUUGCCGCUACCUCUAAUAGAGUCAAAUACAGUGACAGCGUGUCGGAUGCUAACAACUACUAUCCGUCGUAUGAUUAUAAAGACGAGCUGGUGUGGGCUGCUGCGUGGUUGUACAGGGCCACGGGAGAGGCCGAGUUUCUCACCUCUGCUACCGCCUGGUACGAUGAAUUUGGAAUCCAAUAUUCCAAUUGGGGAUUUUCGUGGGACGACAAGGGGCCUGGCACCAAAGUCCUGAUGUAUCAGUUGACCAGCGAGGAUAAAUAUCGUCAACAUGUUGAAGGCUACCUCACUUACUGGAUGCCCGGUGGACAGAUUCCCUACACACCGAAGGGUCUGGCGUUCAGGGACCAGUGGGGUUCCCUUAGAUAUGCAGCCAAUUCUGCAUUCCUGGCUCUGCGCGCGGCAGAUUUGGGCAUCAGUAGCGCCACCUAUCGUUCGUGGGCUGAGGGCCAAAUCAACUACAUGCUUGGGGACACUGGGAGGAGUUUUGUGGUUGGUUUUGGCGUCAAUCCUCCUGUUAAACCUCAUCACCGAGCGUCGUCUUGCCCAACUGAUUUUAACGUAGUGUGUAGCUGGGAUGCGUUCAACAGUCCAGAUCCCAACCCCAAUGUGUUAAACGGUGCUCUGGUCGGAGGUCCAGACGGCAAUGACCAGUACGUGGACGACAGGACCAAUUACCGGACAAACGAAGUGACCACGGAUUAUAAUGCCGGCUUCCAGUCCGCUGUGGCAGCUUUAAAGAGCCACCAACUAAGUCUACGUGCAACGCAACCAACUGAAUCUCCUCUCACUGAGGCUACCCCCACGGCGGUUCCCUCGACUGUGGCUCCCUCUACCGACGCUCCUUCCACUGUGACCUCCACCACUGCAGUUCCCUCCACCGAGACUCCGACUACUGUUGCACCUACGGAACCAGGUGUUUUAUGGCGUCACGCGCCGUACGCCGCAGACGACAAUUAUCUCGCCGGCUGGCAACCAGCCCAGCAGAUCAAAGACGACGAUCAAAACGCUGCGGUCGUCCUUGACCCUGCUGGCGGAAAUGAGUACGUCCUGCGCGUGCUGUACCCCCAGGGGUCAUACAGACCUGGGGCUUCCCCUGUUCUGGGCGGUAUACAGUUCUUCUCUCAACCGUUCACUCCUGGCACUGCGCUGAUGUUGACAUACCAGGUUUAUUUUCCUCAAGACUUCGACUUCAGUAAAGGAGGAAAACUCCCCGGCUUUUACGGCGGACGACAAACAUGCUCUGGAAGCAAGGACGCGGCUACUCUUGGCUGCUUCUCGACACGUGUCACGUGGCGCGGGAACGGCGACGGGCAAAUCAGCGCCUACCUCCCCAGCCCCCAGUCCCAGGACUUCUGCACGAAAGAGAGAGUCUUUUGCAAUUUCCAAUGGGCUCACUCCCUGGGCCGCGGAAGUUUUAAGUUUCAGAAAGGACGCUGGAACACAUUUAGUCAGUACCUGCAGCUGAACAACCCUGGAGUCCAUGAUGGUCGAGCAGAGAUAUAUUUUGAUGGGCAGAAAGUAUACGAGAUUGACAAGUUGAACUUUAGGACAACAGAAUCGGUGAAAAUAGACGGGAUUUAUUUCUCUACUUUCUUCGGCGGCGGAGAGGCGGCGGCUACUCCAGUCACUACUUAUACAUAUUUCAAAGGAUUUGAAGUGACGGAAAAAAUAUGAAUAUUAAAAAAACGUAUGCCAUAUAAAUUAUU